AGCCUUGUCGAUGAAAAACAACCAUUGCAUCAUGACUUUGAGAAUAAAAGUGCUGUGCAUAACCCAGUUAAACCUGUAUUACGACAAAAUGGGAAAGAUAGUGGUACAGCUCGCCCUACUUGGGCUGAUGCUGGCAGUCGUCUACACACUACCAAACAAGGAGGACUGGGACAUCUACAAAUACCAUAUCAACUCCACAGUGACCGACGGCUAUGCCAUCACUAUCAUCACCAGCCGCGUGGUCAAUCGCAGGGAUCAGCCAACGGAAAUAGAAUUCCACGUCAAGAUUCCAAAGAACGCCUUCAUUAGUCAAUUCAAAAUGUUGAUCGAGGGUCAGAUGUACGACGGAGUGGUAAAGGCCAAGGAAGAGGCUCAGCAGCAGUACAGCGAGGCCAUGUCCCGUGGUCAGAGCGCUGGGCUCGUCAGUUCUGUUGGGAGAUCCCUCGAGGAGUUUACGACCUCUGUCACUGUGGCUGCUCACCAAAAAGUGACCUUCGAGCUCACCCAUGAGGAGCUGCUGAAGAGGAGGCUCGGGCAGUAUGAGCUCCAGAUCUACGCUCGGCCCAUGCAGCCGGUCAAUGAUUUCAAGAUUGAUGUUAGCAUCUAUGAACAACCAGACAUAGUGUUCUCAGAGGUUAAAGGAGGAUUAAACAACCCUAAUCUUGCUACCAUCAGUGCCGCAGAAAGUCAAAAUCAGUUGGAUGUCCAUUUCCACCCAACAGUGGAGCAGCAGACUCUUUGCGGGGCCUGUGGAGAUGACGGUUUGAACGGAGAUUUGGUGAUUGUAUAUGAUGUCUUCAGGGAUGACACAUUGGGACACCUCAAGGAAUCGGACGGGUUUUUUGUCCAUCACUUUGCUCCAACCGGAUUGGCCCGCAUUUCAAAGAACGUCAUCUUCGUCAUCGAUCAAAGUGGCUCAAUGCAAGGCAGGAAGAUGCGCCAGACUCGUGCUGCAUUAGUUCAUAUCCUUGCAGACCUGGCGAUGGAUGACUAUUUUGGUUUGAUAACUUUCAACCACGCCGUCCAUCCAUGGAAGAGGGAACUUGUCCAGGCUAACGAACACAAUGUUGGUAUUGCAAAAGAGUUUGCACGAACAAUCGAAGAUCGCGGAUCGACGGACAUUAAUUCUGCCUUGUUGGAAGGUGCAAAAAUGCUAAAUCAAAACCCCCGAGAUGGUUCAGCAUCUAUUCUUAUUCUGCUCACCGAUGGAGACCCUACCACUGGGGAAAGAAAUCCUGUAAUAAUACAGAAGAAUGUGAUGCGGGCCAUCAAUAAGAAGUUUCCAUUGUACUGUCUUGGUUUUGGUCAUGAUGUCAAUUUUGAAUUCCUGGAGAAAAUGUCCCUGGAAAACAGCGGAGUAGCACGACGCAUCUACGAUGACACUGAUGCCGAUCUCCAGCUGAAGGGUUUCUAUGCAGAGGUGGCUACUCCUCUGUUAACCAACGUGAUGUUGAUCUAUGAAGGCGGGGCUAAUCUCACACAGACUAAUUUCAGCCACUAUUACAACGGCUCUGAGAUUGUUGUCGCUGGCCAGAUCACCGACAACAAUAUUGAGACGUUCUCUCCACGGGUUGUAGCCAUCUCGGGAAACAAACAUGUGGAAUUUUCUGAAACAAAUUCCAGUACUGUAAUGACAGCAUCUAUGUCAGAGAGCAACACCAGAAGGCUUUGGGCCUACCUGACAGUAAAGCAGCUGCUGGAUAAAGAGUUACAGCUAGAUGGUGAGGAAAAGGAACGGGCCAAACAGGAGGUGCUUGAACUGUCUCUGAAGUACCGAUUUGUGACUCCACACACCUCCAUGGUGGUGACAAAACCUCCCGGAGAGAACGCACAAGUGCUCCAUAAACCCAAGGAAGGAGAAAAGCAUCCAUCGCCUCAAGGGGGAUCUUUUGGAUUUGUUCAGUCCUCAGCGCAUUACGAUGAUCCCUCUUUCACAGCGCCAAGAUUACAUGGAAUGGCAAAUCGUCGUCGUCAGGGCACUAAGUCAGGGCGUAAGUCUGUUUAUCAUGUAUAACAUGCCUGAUAUUUUCUGAAUCUGCUUUUUUAUAACUUAACUUUAUUAAUGCUUCAAAGUUGCUGUGAUUCAAUAUGCUGCCAUUUUGAAGAAUUAAAUUGUUACUGUAUUGUGA